UCGCACGAGUCAAUCGGUCAAUCAAUUAGUCAGUCGGUCGUUUAGUCAGUCAUCGAUUUUUACGUUGUUAAUCGAUAAUUAUCGUUACACUUUUUUUUUUUGGUUUUUAAAAUCGUAGUGAUAAACGGAAAAUAAAAAGUUUACAAUUAAUUAAUAUACAAGUAUUUUUUGACAACUGUUUUUCCUUCGUUCCGAUUGUUUUAUUAGAGAGAAAGAAAUAGAGAGAGAAAAGAACUCGUUAAAAAAUCAACAAGUUACUCGAGAAUAAUACUGUUGGAGACCAUGGCGGAGAAGUUGAAUGUAUGCAUCGUAGGAAGUGGUAAUUGGGGCUCAGCAAUAGCAAAGAUCAUUGGUGCAAAUGUCUCCAAAUAUAAUAACAAAUUUGUCCAGCGCGUACCUAUGUACGUAUAUGAAGAAAUAAUAAAUAACCAGAAGCUGACAAGUAUAAUUAACGAGCUACAUGAAAACAUAAAGUAUCUUCCAGGACAUAAACUCCCAGAGAAUGUGGUAGCAGUUCCGGACGUCGUUGAAGCUACAAAAGAUGCUGACAUAUUGGUUUUUGUUUUACCACAUCAAUUUAUUCGAACACUUUGUGCUACGUUACUUGGACAAAUCAAACCAACUGCUGUUGGUUUGUCAUUGAUUAAGGGUUUUGAUCAAGAUGGUACAAAUAUCGAGCUUAUUUCUAAAAUCAUCGAAAAGAAUCUGAGGAUCCAAUGUCACGUACUAAUGGGGGCAAAUUUGGCAAAUGAAGUUGCCGAAGAAAAAUUCUGUGAAACUACCAUUGGUUGCAAGGAUAAACGUUUGGCACCAAUAUUGAGGGAUCUUAUACAAACACCUAAUUUUCGUGUGGUAGUCGUUGAAGAUACAGCAGCUGUUGAAUCAUGUGGUGCGCUUAAGAACGUAGUGGCAUGUGCUGCUGGCUUCGUCGAUGGCUUAGGAUUAGGAGAUAACACGAAAGCUGCUGUUAUCAGAUUGGGUCUUAUGGAAAUGAUAAAAUUCAUUAAUACUUUUUUCGGUAAUGCGAAACUUGAAACGUUCUUCGAAAGCUGUGGUGUAGCUGAUUUGAUUACAACUUGUUAUGGUGGAAGAAAUCGUCGUAUAUGUGAACAAUUCGUUAAAACUGGAAAGAGUAUUAGAGAAUUAGAGGCGGAACUUCUUGCCGGACAAAAAUUACAAGGUCCAGCUACAGCUGAUGAGAUUCAUGCAAUGAUAAAAGCUAGAAAUAUGUUGGAUAAAUUCCCAUUAUUUGUUGCUGUACAACGUAUAUGUCACGAAGAAAUAAGACCGGCUGAUUUGAUCGAUCAAAUUCGUAUUCAUCCUGAACAUGUGUUGAGAGUUGAGGGAGCUGUGGAGUAAAAAACAUAAGUGAAAUAUACUUAUGGAAAUUCUUAACUGAGAAGUUCAAAUUUACGUGAAUAAAUGUAGAAUACAUUUAAAAGUUCGAUAAAGGCUGUGUGAUUAGCUAAGGAUCAUUAAAUUACGUAUAUCAUUCGAUAAAACAUAUUGUACCUAAUAUAUUAUAAAUAAAAAUUUACUCAUUA